GUUGUUUACGUUCUCGUGGCGUGCGCAUCGUAUCGGCGGAAUCUGUGCUGAGCGUAAAGAAAAUUUGAGCAGGCGAGCAAGUGAACCAAAGAGCGUCUUUGCGAACUCGCGUAAUAAACAGAAAACAAAUUGUUUUUUUUUUUGUGGUGUGUUGAGAGCAACCUGAAAACAAACAAAACACAAAAUUCUAAAAAUUAAAUCGUUAAUGUGCAGUGUGUUUGGUGUGUGGAUUACCAGUGGAAAAUUCAAACACAAGCGGAAGAAAUGCAAUGCAGUGGCGCCACAGCAGCCGCUAGCUGCAACAUUGUCAGUUGAAUGCAACAAAUUACAGUAAUCGAAUUUCGAAAUAACUAAAAGUGCAAAAUAUAUACAGUGCAUAAAAUCUGUUUCUUUUUUUUUAAUAACAAUUGUGUGACAUUUUGCAACAAGCGCAGCAGCUGACAAAACCUUUUGACAAAGUCGUUGCCGAACAGCCUUGAGCACCACCCAAAUACAACGCUUCACAUCGAAAUGACGAGCAAACGAAAAGCGCCACUGCUACUCAGCCUGCUGCUGUGGUUGGCCUGCCAAGUAGGCGUGUCCACGCCCACACCCACACUCUAUACGAACUAUCAGAACCAGCGCUUCGCCAUGGAGCCCCAAGACCAGACCGCUGUGGUGGGCGCACGCGUCACAUUGCCAUGUCGCGUUAUUAACAAACAGGGAACAUUGCAAUGGACCAAGGAUGACUUUGGGCUGGGCACGUCGCGCGACCUCAGCGGAUUCGAACGCUAUGCAAUGGUGGGCAGCGAUGAGGAGGGCGACUACUCGCUGGAUAUCUAUCCCGUGAUGCUGGACGAUGAUGCAAAGUAUCAGUGCCAAGUGAGCCCGGGGCCAGAGGGUCAACCGGCCAUACGCUCGACAUUCGCCGGUCUGACUGUGCUGGUGCCGCCCGAGGCACCCAAAAUAACGCAGGGCGAUGUCAUACACACAACGGAGGAUCGCAAGGUGGAAAUCGAAUGCAUCAGCGUGGGCGGCAAACCCGCGGCCGAGAUUACAUGGAUUGAUGGCCUGGGCAAUGUGCUAACGGAUAACAUUGAGUACACGGUGAUACCGAUGCCCGAUCUGCGUCGCUAUACGGCCAAAUCGCUGCUGCGCCUCACGCCCAAAAAGGAGCACCACAACACGAAUUUUACGUGCCAGGCGCAGAACACAGCUGACCGCACCUAUCGCUCGGCCAAAAUACGUGUCGAGGUGAAAUAUGCGCCCAAAGUUAAAGUGAAUGUCAUUGGCACGACAGCACAUGGUGGAGCAAUGACUGCUAGUGGUGCUGGUGGUGGCAAUGUGCAGCGCAUUGUGGAGCAUGCACUGGUGCGAUUGGAGUGCCGCGCUGAUGCCAAUCCCGCUGAUGUCCGUUAUCGCUGGUACAUCAACGACGAGCCAAUUAUAGGCGGUCAAAAAACUGAGAUGGUCAUACGCAACGUUACGCGCAAAUUCCACGAUGCGAUAGUCAAGUGCGAGGUGCAGAACUCUGUGGGCAAGAGCGAGGAUAGCGAAACGCUAGACAUCAGCUAUGCGCCCAGCUUCAAGCAGCGCCCGCAGUCCUUGGAGGCCGACGUCGGCAGCAUUGUCUCGCUCAGCUGCGAGGUCGACAGCAAUCCCCAGCCGGAGAUUGUCUGGAUACAGCAUCCCAGCGAUCGUGUCGUCGGCACCAGCUCCAAUCUCACCUUCAGUGUCAGCAACGAGACCGCCGGCCGUUACUACUGCAAGGCCAAUGUGCCAGGCUAUGCCGAGAUCUCCGCCGACGCCUAUGUCUAUCUGAAGGGCUCACCCAACAUCGGUUCCCAGCGCCUGCAAUACGGUCUCAUUGGCGAUACGGCGCGCAUCGAAUGCUUCGCCAACAGUGUGCCGCGUGCUCGUCACGUCUCCUGGACGUUCAAUGGACAGGAGAUUAGCUCAGAGUCUGGCCAUGACUACUCCAUACUGGUGGACGCAGUGCCCGGCGGAGUGAAGAGCACGCUCAUCAUACGCGACAGCCAGAGCUAUCAUUACGGCAAAUACAAUUGCACGGUGGUCAACGAUUACGGCAACGAUGUGGCGGAGAUUGAGCUGCAGUCAAAGAAAACCAUAUCAUUGAUGUCCAUGGUGGCGCUCAGUGCAGCGGUCUGCUUUGUGCUCUUGCUGAUCAUCAUCAUUCAUUUCUACAUCAAGUGCAAGAAGCGCACCAAGCUGCCGCCCGCGGAUGUCAUAAGCGAGCAUCAGAUAACGAAGAAUGGCGGAGUGAGCUGCAAACUGGAGCCAGGCGAUCGCACAUCGAACUACAGUGAUCUCAAGGUGGACAUAUCGGGUGGCUAUGUGCCCUAUGGCGACUAUAGCACACACUAUAGUCCACCGCCGCAGUACUUGACCUCGUGCUCGACCAAAUCGAAUGGCAGCUCCACGAUACUGCAAAACAAUCAUCAGAAUCAAUUGCAGCUGCAGCAGCAGCAACAACAGCAGCAGCAGCAACAUCAGCAACACCACCAGCAGCAGCAACAGACGGUGGUGCAGAGCGUGCCGAUGACAUUCUUGACCAGCAGCGGUGGUGGCAGCUUGACCGGCAGCAUUAUUGGUGCACGUGAGAUACGCCAGGAGAAUGGUUUGCCCAGUUUGCAGUCAACCACAGCAUCGGUGGUGAGCUCAUCGCCCAAUGGCAGCUGCAGCAAUCAGAGCACCGCCACCACUACGCAUGUGGUGGUGCCCAGUUCGAUGGCACUAAGCGUUGAUCCACGCUACAGCGCCAUCUAUGGUAAUCCCUAUUUGCGCAGCUCCAACUCUUCGCUGCUGCCGCCACCAACAGCAGUCUAAAGCCCCCACCCCCCAACAACAAAAAGACAGUCGCCCUCAACACCAA